CGAGGAGCACGAGACAUCACCAAGAUGAGUCCUGUUCGGUUUUUCGUAUUCUGUGCGAUGAUCGCUGUCGGUGCUGGAAACGUAGAGUUGAGUGAAAGACUAGAUGAGCAUAACCAAAAAAUGGAACCCCAGAAUAGGGAAGUGUUCUUCCACGUAGCUAUCGAAAUCCCGCCCAGAAAGAUGGAAUGCUUCUUCCAACAUGUGGGUGAAAAUGCCGAGCUGAAAGUCAACUUCAUGGUUUUGGAGGGAGCCGCGAUCGACCAAAAUAUUGUGAUGAAAAUGUGGGACCCAAAUGGCGAAGAAAUCGAGAAAAGAGCGGGUUCUUCUGGGGACGUGGAGCUCCACAUGGAGGAUGGUCACGCGCAUGGUACCUACAAGUUUUGCCUCUACAACCUGGACAAAAUCUUCAAAAAAGCAGUGGACUUUAACGUGCAGUUAACCAGCGUAGACUGGCGGGAGUACAAGGACAAUCUACCAGAAGAUAUAAUGGAAGACCUGGACAAAACCCAUAUGACAGAAUCCUUCACUAGACUGCACAGAAUCUUCAGAGUGGUGGCCCUGCAAAUCGAGGUGAUCAAGCGGCGGAUGUUCGCAGACUUCCUGACCGUGAAGUCGAACUUGACCUACGUUGACCGUCUGGGCCUGCUCAACUGCAUGGUCAUCAUCGGAUCGGGGAUGGUGCAGGUCUUCUUCGUGAGAAAGAUGUUCGAGACACCGAAUGUCCGCGGUUCAACCAACAAGACGUGAUAGCAGUCAUGUAACGUACUAGGUUAAAGUAACUGUGAACACGGGUCACAAAGGUGCUGGUAAUUAUAACGAUGCUAACAAGGAUGUAUACGUACGUACGUACGCGCGUGGUGUAUAUGGUAAAUGCUCAACUUUUUCCCGAGAGUUAAAAAACACAUUCAGUAAUCAUUUUCUGCGACAUAUCUGCCUAGAUGUACUCAGUUCUAAUGAAUGAAUAAUACCUGCAGAGGCGGUUUACUGUACCAGGUUAGAAUUCGAAGUAUCAGUAACAACGCUGAAGCGCAAAUGGUGACUAUACGAUAAGUUAAAUGCAAACAUGCAUAUGUAGUGGAAUCUUAACAAGGAUCAAGUACAUUGACCUGUUAUGUAAUUUUACCACAUUACCACGUGUUCGAUCACACACUUAUAAAGAUUUAAGAAUGUAAGAAUUUUAACAACAUUCAUACCGUGCUACAUGACAUAUUGCGGACUGUAAUUCUAUAUUUUACAUGUUUUAGUGUCAUAAGAUUUCCCAAUAAGGUGAAGAUCUCCAGGUCAUACGAAAAUUCCCAUGUAUUGUAAUUAUCGGUGCCACUAUAACAAAGUGUAUACGUAGGUCUGACAAUUUCAAUAUCCCCCAAAGAUGCCACUUCAUGUUAGAGCAGAUGUGAGUACAAUAAGCAGUAAUUGGACUGCCAACUGUUGUACAAUUUGUGCGGGUACAUUGUCACCGUAUGAUAAUGAUGAAUGUAGUAUAUACUCUUUUGAAAUAAACUUCUAUCUCGUAA